UGCUAUCUCUAGCAGUGAUUACUUUGAAAAAGUAAUUAUUUAUCGAAAAAUUCUUCCAAAAGGUAUGAAGAUGGAAACUUUGGGUUAUUAUCUUAAAAACUUGACUCAACAAUACGCCAAACUACAACCUCCUCGAUCAGGCUUCAUUGACUCUAAUCUCAUUAAUAUGAAACACAUAAAGCUGAUUUCAUCUAGAAUCAAUGAUAAAGAUAUCAGUUCUAAUAAAUAUGGUGAGCCUCAGUAUAUAUUCAAACUUCUUUAUCGUGGCAGUCGAGAUGGAUUUGAAGCUACGAGCUUCCGACAACUCUGUGGUUCUCAAUAUAACACUGUAGUAUUUGUGAAGAUAAAUCAAACAGGAAAAAUUAUUGGCGGCUACAACCCUAACAAUUGGGACGAAAACACCACGGUUACUAUGCCGACGGCAAUAACAGAAUCAGCGUAUGGUUGGCGCUCGGUUAUUAAUGCUAAUGCGUCUGAUGCAUUUAUUUUUUCCUUCAACGAUGGAAAAGAUAUUAAAGGUGCAAAAUUUUCACGCAACACUCAAAACGGAUCUACAAGACCGGUUACAACAGUUCAUGGUCCUUAUUUUCAUUGUGAUUUAUUUAUCAGUGACAAAUGUAACCAAAAUUCCUUGAGCUGGUAUAAAUGUUGUAACUAUCAAAAUCAAGAUUUAUUGGAUGACAUUUGUCCGGAUAAUACACAUUUCAACACAGCCCCAUUAGUAGUAAAUAAUACACAUCAUUUCAAAGUAGAUGAUUAUGAAGUAUUUCAAGUAUCGAAGAUCAUGUGA